GCGAAGCACAUCCAACAUUCCUCGAACUGUCAAAAUCGCUUGUUGCUUCCUACCCUAGUCUGAAAAGUAGUUAGCGAGCUAGCGUGUAGCGAGUUAAAGCUUACUUCUGCCUUUUCAAUAAAAUACCGUUUUUCGAAACCGCGAAAAGUUUUCCCAAGGAUAGAAAAAGUGAGGAGUCUCGUCCGAAGACCCAUAUUUUUUCUUCUCCCCGUCCUGUUCCCACCGUUCGAAGGUCCCGUCACAACCGAAAUAGCGCUCUCAAGAGGCGGCGGUGGCUGCUGAAGUGCAGCUGGAUGUGACAGGUUCGUCAUCAGAUCACUGACUGAAAAGUGCCUUGUGAGACCACGUCAUACUGGAGGAUCCCCGGGGCGUUGCUUUUCUCUCAUGACAACCGAGCCCCCUUUUUUUUCUUUUUUUUCUUGUCCUCACCUGAGCUCAGUGGGAAGAAAGCGAAGCGGUGGAGGAGCUACCGCACUGCGGCCCGAUGUGCCAAAGCUCUCGAGAUAGUCGGCAGUGCAGGGUUUUAAACCAUAAGCGAACCGCGUAGUUCGGGAAGACCGUGCCGUCGCACCUCAGAAUAGCACCACCUUUGCCCCCCCCCUUUGACCCCGUCACCCACCCUUGCGCAGAAAUCAUCGCUCCCGCAACGGUCAUCUCGGAGACAUCGGUGCAAGGUGGAGUCGCCGAGCAUGCCGCGUCAGAGGUCGCCAGCUGAGGCUCACUGAUUGAUGAACAAUUAGCCGGGUCACCCACACGCAGCCGCGCAGCCCCAUGCGCCGGGCACCGAGACUCUGCCAGUCCUCCACCGGCCUCCCCCGUUCACCCCGGCAGACCGCUCACAGCCGCGUGUUCUUUCAGAUUUAGACGACUUUUGUUUUUGUUUCUCUCCCCUGCUGGAACGCUCGCAAUCGCCCCCCCCCACCCUCAGAGGAAUCGCUCUCCGCUCCUCCCCUGCUGCACGGCCGGCGUUGCUGACAUGGCGCUGAACAUCGCCUCGAUGCGGGACACAAAAUGGCUGACCCUGGAAGUGUGCCGGCAGUUUCAGAGAGGGACGUGUUCGCGCGGCGACGAGGAAUGCAAAUUCGCCCACCCACCCAAAAGCUGCCAGGUGGAGAACGGGAGGGUGAUCGCUUGCUUCGACUCGUUAAAGGGCCGCUGCACACGAGAGAACUGCAAGUACCUGCACCCGCCCGCUCACCUGAAGACCCAGCUUGAGAUCAACGGGCGAAACAACCUGAUCCAGCAGAAGACGGCGGCCGCCAUGUUCGCCCAACAGAUGCAGUUCAUGAUCCCCGGCGCCGCCAUGCAACCUGUGCAGACGUUUCCUGUCAGCCAGGCCCUCGGCUCCAGCGGAGGUCUUAGCUACACGUCGUACCUGACCCCAAUGUCCCAAGGCAUGGGCCUGAUGCCCUCAGACCUCAUGCCCAGCGCUCCCUGCAUUGUCCCCGGCAGCCCGCCCAUCUCCGUGACCGGCGGCUCCUCCUCCAACCAGAAGCUGCUGCGCACUGACAAGCUGGAGGUGUGCCGCGAGUUCCAGCGGGGCAACUGCGCCCGCGGGGAGACCGACUGCCGCUUCGCCCACCCGAGCGACAGCCCCAUGAUCGACACCAGCGACAACACCGUCACCGUCUGCAUGGACUACAUCAAGAGCCGCUGCUCCCGCGAGAAGUGCAAGUACUUCCACCCGCCGGCCCACCUGCAGGCCAAGAUUAAGGCCGCCCAACACCAGGCCAACCAGACAGCCGUGGCGGCGCAAGCCGCCGCCACGGCUGCAGCCAUGACUCAGUCGACUGCCAAAGCAAUGAAGCGACCCCUCGAGGCAACUGUAGACCUGGCCUUCCCCCAUGGCGUCCUCCAGCCCCUACCAAAGAGACAAGCCCUUGAGAAGAGCAACGGCUCCCUGUUCAACCACAGUGUUUUGCACUACCAGCAGGCGCUUGCCAACGCACAGCUGCAGCAGCCCACUUUCUUUCCCACAGGGUCAGUCUUGUGCAUGAGUCCUGCUAGCAGUCUUGUCCCAAUGAUGUACAGUGCUACGCCUGCUACUGUCUCUGCAGCAACAACUCCUGCCACAAGUGUCCCCUACGCAGCAACAGCACCAGCCAAUCAGAUUAUCCUGAAGUAAGUUUCAGGAAGGGAAUGGAGUGUCACGAAGCCGCAUUCGAAAACCCCAAACCGCCCCAGUGUAAAUACUACCUUACCUCUCACGUCGAGGUCCAGCAACCUGCAUGCUAAGAGUGUAACCAUGAGAUAUACUGCAGUGCCGGUGUAACACACACUUUAAAACAACAUUUAAAAAAAAAAGGUUAUAUACUGUACGUACUGCUAGAAAAAAAAAGAACUAUUAACGUGAAAAAGUCUAAAAUAUUCUAAUGUAUAGUACUACAUACACAGCAGAUACACUAUAGAGGUCAUUUUACCACCUGUUCUCCCAAAGUACCGUGGAUCCCCUCUCUUUCAUGUUUAUUCUCGAGAAAGCGCUGCACAAUGUUCAUCCCUUUUCGGUUAGGGAAAAGAACUGUGAGAGAGACGCUUGAUGUGCACUGUAUGAGACAUUUAGUUACCGGAAGAGUCGCAGUAAACCCCACCACAACUGCACCAGCGCUCAUAAGAGAGUUUUUUAUUUUUUAUUCUUUUUAUUUUUUGCUUUCCUCUCUGGGAAGUUGAAUGUCCUUGGGGCGGACGGGCUCAUUUUUUUCUUAAUGGGACUGUCCCCGCGAGAGUGGUGACCCUCACCUGCCCCAGAUGCUGUUAAGAUGCCAUGAUGACACCCCCCCUCUCCUCCUCCUCCUCCUCCGGACAACUUUUCAUCUCUGGAAGCAUCUUGCCAAAGCAGAAGAAGGUCGAUGGAAAUCAACCUGCCAGCGAGCAGAGCCACAUCUUCGCACCCUUGAUAAGUUCUGCUUUGUUUUUUGUUUGUUUUUUUUGCCACUUUCGCGUUCAGUUCUUUUUUGUUCGAGAGCAGCGAGCGGGAUGGAUCGCGCACAGACUUCUGCAUGCGGUCGGGACCCGGGAAAGACAGUCACUGAAGAUAUCAACAACACACACACACACACAAAAAAAGAAAGAAAAGAAAACCCCCCUGAAGGCUCGGGUCCGUGCCAAAAGGGCUUUAAAACCAACACACCGAGCCCUUGUGCGCAUGCGCGUGAGACUGAUGGUCUGCCGGCAGACUGGGACUUGAAGCGAGGUCGAGCAGGUGACGACACCUGGGCCCAAAUUGGAGAGGGGUGGGGGUUGGUGUGUGUGUGUGUGGGGGGGGUGGUUAAAAGUGCUGAGACUAAACAAAAAUACGGUGCAUUUGACGACGCUCGUCAAGUAAAAAAAAAAAAAAAGAAAGGAAAAAAAAGAUGACUUGUACUUGGACUGGAGGGCUAUCUGUGACCCCCCCGCCCCACUAUCACCGAUGAUCCUGUUCCAUUUUAGAAAAAAAAACGUAGAAGUGCCUAAAAAAUGCUCAUGAACGAGAUACACACACACACACACACAAAACACCACCACCGGCUGUCGGGAGCCUGAGUGGACUUUAUUUCGGGGAAAGACAUCACACGUGACUCGAUGGAAGCGAAAGAAGUCAAAGAACCGACAAAGAAAAAGAUAAAAACCUUAGCUUUGUAGGACGCGUGGCGACUUUCGCGGCGCACCAUCGUUUCUAACCACGGUUCGAGUAGUUUACACAAGGAACGAAAACAAUGUAUUGUAAACUGUGUCAUGUAAGUAAAGUGUCUCUUUUUUGAGAGUUUAUAUUCAUGGUUCUAGAAAUGUAUUCAAAGUUAUUUAAAUUUUGUGUUGUGUCUACUAUCAAGGUAUUUUUGACCCCUUCCCUCAUCCCCUCCCCCCACCCCCCUUUGUCUCCUCCGCCACCUCCACCCAAAACAAUCAUCUCUUUCAGCCCAGACCAUUAUUCCAUUCGACCUACUCCUCGUUUGAAAAGCACGAUUUGACUAACUCUCAUUUUACAAAAACCCCUGAUGUAAUUUCAUGGUGCUUGAUCAACAUUGAUGAUCCACAAUCACUUCACUCUGGUUUCACGUGUAUUUUUGGGGGGCUUCGUUCGCUCCGAUUGUCUCCACGCGCAUUCUGAUUUGUCAGUGAUUUUUGUGGAAGGUGGUGAAAGUUUUGUUUUUGUCGUAAUUUAUUAUGUUUCUCUUGGUCGGAUUUUAGUCAAACUAUGUUGUUAACUAUUCUAUUUUGAAAUGAAUGUAAUUUAUUGAGCUGUUCUGCACGGUUGGUCAUUUCAAGGUCUAACCUGUCAGGUCAGCGAAUGGGAAGUCGCGCUCGUCUGAGGGGCGGGGGUUAAAAAGUCAACCCACCAAUGGAAAGCUACUGGAUCUUUCUUGCCUUCUCACAAGAUCACGGUGUCGCACUAAUGAGCAUAGCUAUAGAGUUUCAUGUGUUGUUGGGGAAAAAAAUGUUUAUUGUAUUGAUGACAUUUUACCAAAAAAAAGAGCAGAAAAUUUUCAAAAAAUAUGUACUUUUCACUCUAGUAUAAUAGUAUUUCAUAACAAUAUUAAGUUGUUGCCGUGGCAAACAAAUGUUGCAAAUACUAAAGUUCGAUAUUUUUGUAAAUUACAUUGUUAAGUUGUUUGUUUUGUUUCUCUUUGCUAGAACACUGUACACAAGGUAGAUCGUAAAGGAGAUAUGAACAUUUCUUAUUCUUCACUGAGAUUAUGACAAUGACCUAAUAUUUACAUUAGCAGAUAGACAGCCUGUGUAGAGCUGCGACUUUAACACUUAAAUAUAUGUAAAGUCAUCAAUAUUACGUAGAAUAUAUAUAUAUAUAUAUAUAAAUAUGUAUGUGUGUAUAUAUAUAUAUAUAUAUACACAUAUAUAUAUAUAUAUAAGAACUAAAUAAUCUAAAGUAAAUAAGUUCAGAAGUCCAACCCCUGACAAAGGAUCUUUAUAUGUUCUACAUUGAGACAUUUUAUUCAAGGCGUAUGUAUUACUAGAGUUAAGGAUUGCACUUUUCAUAUUGUUUAAAUGUAAUCUGUUUUUUUUCCCAUUCCCUUUAAAGGGUUUUGUGAGGUUUCUGCACCCUGCUAGUACAGUCAGUCUGUCUUAUCGAUCCAAAGCACUGGUGAAUGACUCCAGUUCAACAUGUUGCAUGAGAAAGCAUUUUUCUUUUCUUACUGAACGAUAACGUCCUGAAUGUUUAUCCUCACAAAAUGUCCCGAUUUGGUGACCCCCAAUGCCCUUGUGUAUGGAAGCCUCUUGAGGUGUAAUGUUAAUUUUUGUUGUUGUUUCUAUUUUUUAAUGUGUUUGCAAUGAUUGACUGACGGAGAAAGAAAAAGAAAAAAUGUAAGCACUUUCUGAGCAGUUUGUCAACUGAGCAGUCUCAGCUUAUCCAAAACACUUUGCCUUAUCUUGACUCCAUCGUGCUUAAGGUUUUAUGUUUUUAAGAGUUCCUAAGAAGUUUAUUCAAGAGAUCUGACCGGGUCUUCUUUCUCAAAUCCCUUCUCAAUUUUCUUUUUCAAAUGUGUAUCUUUAUAUCUGAAAACAUUUUUUAAGGUUUUAAUGUGCACAUCAAAAGGCCAAAAGCAGGGUGGGAGAUUGAAAUUCACAGCUUUAGCCAGAAGAGGGCGCUACACUGGAGACUGCAGGCCCUGAAUCAUUACCGCCUGUGUGUGCCAUCGUUUUUUGCAGUGUGCCCCGCCAACACAGUAAAGACACAAAGAAAAAUUGACGAGAAGACCCUCAUCGGAUUUAUAGUUUAAAUGUAAUCAUUUUUUAAAAUGUAUUGUUUUUUUUGCAUACUUUUGUGCUAUUUUAUGUUUCUAUAGUCAGAUGUUUCUUUGGUUCCAACAAGAUAGUGUAAAAUCUAUUGAAAGAAAGAAAUAAAGAAAAUCAAAGAAA